AUGAUGUUUGUUGGCGUACCAAGACCUAUUUUUCUAUUGCUGUUCUUAGCUUCUGCUCUUGUUCUGAGCUAUUUUCUACAAUCAACCUCACGACGAGAUCUUCAAUUCUCGUCCAAUCCUCUGUUUGUGUUUUCGUUGUUUAACAUCAUUAUCGGUGCCAUCAUUGUUGGAAAUCACAGGCCAUCUUCCGGGGAAGCCGAUGACGCCAUAUCUUUCAUGCAUCAUUCGUAUGAACUAGAAGAAGAUGGAGCUGAUGACGCUGAGGAUGCAAAGAGUGAUAAAUACUCGAGUUUGGAGGGUUGUGACCACAGUAGGGACCAUGUUGAUGACAACGAUGAUGGUGAAAGUGAAGAUGAUGAUUUUGAUUUUGAAGGCUACGAAGAAGAUGACGACGACAAUGGUAGCGAUGAUGAGAUUGGUUGGGGAGACAUGGAUGAAUAUGACUGUAAUUUGGAGAAACGAAUCGAAGACUUCAUUGCCAAGGUUAACAAGGGAUGGAGGGAAGAGAGGUUAAGGGAUGAUGCUGAAAUGCGUGAUAACUGUCGCCUCGCCUGUGUGAGUAAAAAUGAUAUAGCAUCCUUUUGA